AUGGAAGGAUUUAAGCGUUACGUUGAGGUUGGACGUGUCGUUCUCAUUAACAAGGGUGAGUACGCCGGCAAGAUUGCUGCUAUCGUCGACAUUGUUGACCACAGACGGGUCCUUGUUGACUCUCCCUGCCCCGAGUUGUCUCGCCACGUCGCUCGUAUUGGCAGUGUUGUCCUUACUCCUAUUGUCAUGCAAGUUCCCCGUGGUGCUCGCUCUGGUGUUCUUGCCAAGAAGUGGAAGGCUCAAGAGAUCUGCAACAAGUGGAACUCUACUGCCUGGGCUAAGAGCUUGCACGCCAAGAAGGUCCGUAGCCAAUUGAACGACUUUGACCGUUUCGCUGUCAUGCGUCUCAAGAAGCAACGUCGUGACCAAGUUAAUGUUGCUGUCGCCAAGACUUCUAAGGCUUAA